AUGGCCAGAACGAGUUCAACGAAGUCAAAGGACCCUAUUGAGAGGGUCCGCCAGAAACAACUAAGUUUUAACAAAAACUGGAAACCAAAUACCUUCUUGAGAUACCUGCCUAUUAUCCUCUUGUCAACAGUCACUUGGUUUCUAUUAUGGUGCUUUGUACAACCACUGUUCGGCCCCAAUGAAUAUUAUAUAGAUGAAGAAUUUCAUGUUCCACAAGCGCGCCGCUAUUGCCAAGCAGAAUUUUACAAAGUUUGUAUAUUAUUAUAAUUCCCUAACAUGUUUUAACAAUAUUCUUGAUUGGCAAUUCUGGUUUAUAUAUUUAAAAAAAAAUAAACUAAUAACAGGGGUGUCAUUUCAUAUUUUUCCAUGAGAUGCAAAAUCUAUAUUGAAAAUUAAAAUCAACUUGAAAUCCCUUCGCAUAGCACAUUAAACAUGAAAUCAAUAAUUUCAAUAUUUAACUCUAUUAUACAGUACAAUAAACUUAGAUUGUAAGUUAAAACAAAGUAAUAUAUGUAGUAACAACUCAACAAUAUCUAUAGGUAUUUUUAAUAAGUAUAAUUUAAUUACAAGUAGUAGGUACCUAGGUUCUGAAAUUUAAACAAUUAUUAUUAUUUCGUAUGGCUUAACAUAAGUAACAUAAUAUAAAGUAGGUAUAAAUAUAAAAUAGAUAAAUAAAUAAAUAAAUAAAAGAUAACUAAAUGAUAAUAGACUAUAUAGGUAAUAUAUUGACUAGUACUGGUUGUGUAAUUUGCACUGCGUCUAUUGUGACUGUGUAGUUCUUUCAUUCCUCUUCGAUAUCGUCGAAUAUUACAUUCAUCAGUGAUAUGUGUAGCAGUUUGCUUUUCAUGUCCGCAGUCACAUCCUGGUAAAGGCCUCAGUCCCCAUUUGUGGAGCAAGUGUCCUGUCCUUCCGUGGCCCGUUCGGAAUAUAUUUAAUGGUACCCAUUCCCUUCUCGGGAGGUCAGUGCCCGGUACUCCUACUGUUGGGUUAUUAAUUAGGUUGAGUUUGUUAGGAUUGCUGUUAUUCCAUUCAUUAUUCCAUUCUAUGUUAAUGUUGAAUUUUUCUGAUAUUAAUUUUUAGGCAAGCCUCCAGGUAGGUUUCCUAAAUUUUAGUCUUACGUUAGGACCUGUAUUUAUAUCAUUAAGUAAUGGAAGCAGAGUAUUCGAAAAGCAUUUAGUCCACUCUCAUAUUAGUGGGUUGUAUCAAUGUAGAUGAGAUGGACUUAAGUUACUAAGUAAAGGCAGCCAAGCUAGGGGGGUAGAUUUAACCGCCCCAGCGGUAAUUCUCAUAGCGGAAUUGAGUUGGGUAUCAACUUUAUUUGUAUAGGUACUUUGUAGCCAUACUGGUGAGCAAUAGUCAGCUACCGAUAGUGAAAGAGCUACUGUUGAUAUUUUGUUAGGCCUACCACUAGCCGGCUGAGGAGCUAAAAUAGUGGGAGAGACGUAGUCUUGGGUUGACCCACCGCCGUCAACUUAAAUCCUAGUCGGUACCACGGGCGGAGGAGGCUUAUUUCAAGCUGGACUGGCCUGGCCGCUCUGGACUUAGUGCCCCCAAGAUUCAGGAGCUUAACUUGGCCGAAACGUGGUGGUUGCGGGACUGGCGCGAGAUAGUAAAGCUAAUCCACUGCUCCUAGUGGGCAAACGGGAACCCAUCCCAGUCUUUAGAAAGGUACGGGCCCUAAAAAGCCUGGGGCCGGUGUUCCCUCCGAAAACCCUUGACCGGUGGCAGCUUGCUGUCGUCGCUCCAGCUUAACAACCGCCCGCAAGUAGCGCCUAGUGCUAAGACGCGGAUGGCCGGCGGUAGGCAUCAGCCACAAAACCUCUAGGGAUUACUUGUUGAUAUUCUGAGGAUAUUAGUAUCCGCUCCCCAUAAUGAGUUUGCUCGUUUUUGGAAGAUAUUGUUCUUUGUUUUCAGUUUUGCAGCAGUAUUUGUCAGGUGUUCCUUGUAGAUAAGAGUUCUAUCAAAGGUUACCCGAGAUAUUUGGGGUAUCAGCUAAUUUUAAUCACCUGUCCAUCAAAAAAUUCGUUGAUUUUGUGAUUGGCCAUUUUAUUGUUAAUGUGAAAUAGUGUUACCUCUGUUUUAAUUGGAUUUGGCUUUAACCUCCAGCGUUUGAAAUAGUGGUUUAGGGAUUCUAGGUCUUUGUUGAGAGUUGUCUCAUAUAGGUCAAAUGUUUUUGCUUGUGCUUCCAAGGCUAUAUCAUCAGUAUAUAUAUAUAUAUAUUUACCAGAGUCUGUGGGUGAUAUAUCAUAAGUGGAUAAGUUAAACAAUAGUGGUGCCAGCACUGAGCCUUGUGAAGUCCAUUGUUCAAUGUGUUUUUGUUUACUUUCAGUAUCCCCAAUGAUCACUUUGAAUAAUCUGUUGCUUAACAUAUUGUUUAAUAAUUUACUGAGAGUUUGGCAUUGUAUAAUCCAUAGGAAUUUAGUAAUCAAUCCUUCUCGCCAUACAGUGUCAUAAGCUGCAGUCAAAUCUGUUGUGGUUUUGAGCUGUUUUUCAAAUCCAUUUUCAAUUCGGGUUGUUAAUGCAAGAACCUGAUCAAAGUAAUUUCUUGCUGCUCUAAAACCCGCUUGUUCUAUAGGGAUGACAGAGUUUAUUAUGUCCGAAAUGCGAUUGUAGUCAAAAGGAGCUUAUAACUGACGCUGAGCAGAGCAAUUGCUCGGUAGCUUUGUACUUCAUUGCUAGGUUUGCCUGGUUUAAGUAUAACUAAUAUUUUAGUUUUCUUGAAAUACCUUAGGAGUUAGUUGCUACCUAUGAGGUCUGAGUAAAAUUUUUCCAUAGUCUGACUUUAGGACCAAUAUGUUUCAAGAAUUCUGGAUAAAUUUUGUCAAAUCCAGUUGCUUUUCCAGAUUUUAUGCAUUUGAUUGCAGUUGUUAUUUCGGUGUCAGUAAAACCUCUCACAAAGAUAGAUUUUGGUUCAGCAUUGCGAUUGUUUUUUAUUUAAACAAUAAAAAAACUUAACAGUAUUAUAAAAUGCAUAAAUAUGUAAGUAUACAUUAUUUUGUUGUACAUUAAUAAAAGUAUGUAAAUAGUAUUAAGACAUGUACUGAUUGUUCUUAUACUUACAUUUUCGAUCCAACAUCGGUGCCUAUAGGACUUGAAAUGUUUUUCCAGCAGGAUUCUUCAUACACAUGGCCAUUAUAAUUUUUGUGUGAUAAUGCAUAGAGGCAUUUAUGGCUUCUGAUGAGUUUAAUUAAUAACUCUAAGUUCAUCGAGUAACUAUUUUAAAAAUAAAUAUGAAAUGAAAAGUUGAAGUGUAUUUUGUAAAAAAUACACUUAAAAUGUGAAUUACCUAUAUUUCAAUAAAUAUUAGAAUAUUUUGUAGAGCGGUGUGUAGGUAUGUGUCUGACAAGUGUGGAUCAAGCUUAAGAGCAUUUUAGAUUUCUAGUGCUAUUUUUUAAGUGUUGGAGAAAUUUUUAAUAAUAUAGUUAUUAGAUAUGCAAUUUAUUAUCCUUCUCUCUAGUUUAACUUUUAAACAGUUAUAAUUCAUAAAUGGUAAAUCUGGUAUUAGUGAUAUGCAUAUCAAAAUGUCUAGAAAAAUAUUCUGUGUUCAAAAAUGGAGGUUCUUAUUUAAAAAACAAAAGUACAGUGAAACUUGUCUUAAUGGAUAGCACUCUUAAUGGAAAAAAUAAUAAGGUCCCCGGCAAAAAGAUAGGCAAAGAUAGAUCUUGCUAGUCUAAUUCUAAUAGAUACUGAUUGAUAGAUUAUGUGUUUAAUAAUAAUGAUAAAGUUAAUUGAGAGGAAAAAAAUAUCCAAAAACACAUAUAAAACAUAAAGACUAUUCAUUUUUAUUCUCCGCUUCGCUAUUAUAGUGUUAACAUUUUUCUGUUUUAAUUUUUUCUUUGCAAUGCCACUUCCCAUACUUAUCUAUAACCAACAUUUUGUAUGAUCCCAUAACUAUUCAUUAUAUACAUGUUUUACUGUAUAUACUUAUUGAAAGUAUAUGGAGAGGAAUACAAAAUUUAAAAUGGUUUUAACGGAUUCCAUAAUGAUUAAAAAAAAAAACAUAAAUCAAAUUCACUUAAAAUUCUCCAAAAAAAUAUCAUGAUAUAAAAAAAAAAUCACUUUUAAUAUGAUGUGCAAAUAUGAAUUAUUUUGGGUUUUUCAUAAAUCUCAUUUGAAUUCAAUAAAAAUAGUAGGAAGAAGUUGUCAUUUAUGUGAAUUAACAAGAAAAAUUUCUAAUUCAUUAAAUAAUAUCUUGUAUUAGGAUGGAGUUUUAAUUAGUCCAUAAAUUAAAUCUAACAUUAAUAUAAAAUAGUUAAAAUAAAAUAAAUUUCCAUUUUUAAAUUUUUUAGUACUAAUAAAUCUAAGUCCUGGUUAAAACAUAUCAGUGAUUAAAUAAUUACUUUUUUUUCAGUGGGAUCCAAAGAUUACUACACUACCUGGGCUCUAUUUACUAUCUACUGUUGUACUAUUACCCUGUAUGACGAUAAUUAAUUCAAUAUUAUCAUUGGUUGGAAUUUUUAGUAAUGAUUUUCUUCAUAACUAUGACCCAUGCUCAUUGUUUGCAUUGCGAGCUGUAAAUGCAGUGGGAGCACCAGCAUGUCUAUAUUAUGCUUAUCAUCGGUGUCAACUGUUAUUAUCACAAGUUAGUCAUUAUAGCAGUUAAAAUAUAUUCAAUAUAGAAUUAUCAACAGGUACAAACUUAUACAAUAAUUCAUUUGACAUAAUACAGUAUUACAGUGAUAGUAUACAGUAUACAGUGAUACAGUAUUCAAUAAUUAGAUAAAUUUAUAUUAAAUACAUUUCAAAAGUUAAAUAUUGUCAAGGAAAAAUUAAAAUUUAUAAUAUGAUAUCAUUAAGUUAAAGGAAUCUAGGAUACAUAAAAUUAUUUAAUUUAUAUCUAUAUGCAAAAAUAAACCAUUGCUAGCAAAAUCAGGAAGACAUAUUAAAUAAAAAAAAAUAAAUAUCAUUAAACUCAAAUUUUUUUUAGACCACUAAGUAUAAUUUAUAAUAAUGUACUUUGUGUUAAAUUUUCAAGUAUUUUUCUUAAAGCCUUAAAUUAUAUAAUUAUAAUAACAGAUAUCUACCAAAUAAAAAUACAUAUAAAGCACAAAAAUAUUAAAUACCUAUAAAUAAUUUAAAAAUAUUUAGAAUGUUUAUAAAAUUUGACCAUGUCUACCAAAGUCCAAUAUAAGUAUUUUGUUAAAACUACAGGUCUCUACAGUCAUGUUUAAUUAAAUAACAACAAAAAAACCCAAAGUCAAUACACUUUGCUUUAUAUCCAGUAUUUCAUAAUUAUUAAGAAAACUAUAUGGAAAAUCAAAAACGAUUUUCUUACUCACAAACUAGACACAAUUUUCUUUCACAAAAUAUACUUUUCUUGAAAUUUUGGACAAAGAUGUCUGGUAGAAAAAUAUAAUCUUACACAUUGUAUAUAAUGAAAACAGUAAUUUGAAAAAAAUUGUUUGAUAUUUCCGAAUUAUUAUGAAAACCACUUUAGAUAUCUAAAAAUAACUUCCUCUGUCAAUGACUUGAUAUGAAAUGGAAGAAAAUCAACUUCUUUUUAUUUUUAGCAAUAUUUUUUAGUGGAAAACAGUGUGCAAAAAUUCUAAACAAUGAAGAUUUGAUACCUUUAGGUCCUAUGAUUUUCUUUCCAGUUUUUCUCAACUAUUUUGAAAACCCCCUGGAAAAUCAAAAAUGAUCUUUUUAAUACAACAACUAGAGGAAAUUUUCUUUCAAAAAAGGUACUACAAUAUUCUUUAGAGCAAGAUUUCUUUUAUAAAAGUUGUUUAGUGACCAAAAUAAAAAAAAAAAUACAUAUAGUAAAACCAAUAGAUCCCUGAUAUGCUCCAAAUCUAAACUAAGUUUACACUAAGUAUUGAAUACAUCUCUAAAAUAACCUCUAUGAAGUAAAAGUUUAGCCCCUCUCAACAAUAUACUAUAAUUAUAUAAAAAUAAAUACACUGUUAAACCAAACACAAUCUUUAUAUCACAUGUGUGAUAUUAUUUUAAACAUAAAUAACUUACAAUUUAUAGUUAUUAUUUCUUGUUACAGAAAAAAAAUAUAAAAUCGCCUAAUGCAGAAUUAUCAUAUAUAGUUUUAGCUAUGAAUGUAGCAACAUUUCCUGUUAUCUAUGCACCAUAUUCAAUGCUUUAUUAUACAGAUGCUUGGGCAACAGCAUCUGUUUUUCUAUGGUAUUCUUACCAUUUAAAUAAAAAUACAAAUUUGUGGAUUGAAAUAAUAUUAGGUGGAUUUUGUGUACUUUGUCGGCAGACAAAUAUUGCAUGGUUAGUGUUUGCAUCCAUUAUUGAUGUGUGUCACUGCACUGAAGAAUGUUUUCUUACUUUAAAAAAAAGUGUGUCUACCUAUUCUUAUAUACAAGUUAGUCUUGAUUAAAAAUAUAUUGUUAAUAAUAUUAAUAAAUAUAUAUAUACAAUAUAUAUUUUAACAAUUGUUUUUAGGUUUCAGUUGCUGAAUUAUACAACUGCUGUACAGUAAAACAAAAAAAUAAUAAAACUGUAAGGUUAAUUGAUUUUUUGAGAAAAUGUUGGCAUUCAACUUGUUCAAAUGUCAUAGUCAUUGGAUCAUUUGUCAUAUCUAUAGUAUUAUUAAACAAUGGUGACAUAGUUGUUGGUGAUCGACAAGCACAUACACCUAUUUUUCAUCCAAUGCAAUUAUGUUAUUUUAUGGUUUUUGUGUUAGGUUUUUCUAUGCCAUGGUUGUUGUCGCAAGCCUAUUUUAAAAUACAAACUUCUAAAUCCGCCAUUAUACACUUAAAAAUCAUAAACAUCUUAAAUCAAAUUCAGAAUAAUAUUCCCAAAAUUAUAUUAUUUACAAUCUUAUUAACAGUAACAUUUGGGUUAGUGUAUUCAAAUACUAUUGCUCAUCCAUAUUUACUGGCAGAUAACCGGCAUUAUACAUUUUAUGUCUGGCGGUUGUUGUUUGGUCCUGGUAAAUUAAUAUUUUUGAGAUAUUUACCUGUACCAUUGUAUGCAUAUGGCCUAUAUUUUGUAGAUUUGAAACUAACACAGUCAUCAAUUGCUUAUAAGUUAGCUUAUUGGUUAGUUACACCUCUUAUUCUUUGUGCCCAAUUUCUAUUAGAGCCUCGCUAUUUUGUUGUACCAUAUCUUAUGUAUAGAUUACACAGCAAUAUAAAUAAUGUAAACAAUUACACUAUUAAAGCUGCACUUAUUGAGUUUAUAGUAUAUCAAAUUAUUAAUAUUAUUAUUAUGUGGAUAUUUUUGUAUCGACCUUUUAUUUCAACUAUGGAUAACACUGGCCGAUUGGAUCGGUUUACAUGGUGA